AUGGAAGCCAUUGCAAAUCAACUUAACUUAGAUUUCGAAUUCUUUCCUGCUGUUUCAAAAUUUGAUAGAAAAGAACUUGAGAAAUUUAAUAAUUCUGAUCAACUAUUAACUUCUCAAAAAGCCUGUUACAUUAGUCAUUACAAGGUAUACCAAUCAAUUAUCGCUAAUGACUAUGAUAAUGUCUUAAUUUUAGAAGAUGAUGUAGAUAUAGAAAUGAAUAUUGUGAAUAUAAUGACCGAUAUUCUUUCUGAUUUACCUAUUGGUUGGGAUUUAUUAUAUCUUGGUCAUUGUGGUUGGGAAAAACAUGGUAUACCUGUUGGCAGAUCUAAUGAACACGGAGUUUACAAAUCUACAAAACCAGGCUGCACUCAUGCUUAUGCUGUUUCAUCUCUGGGUGCCAAUAAGUUAUUAAAAAAUCUUGAACUUAAUAAUCUAAAAGCACCAAUUGAUUUAGAAAUAAUUGAAAAAAUUCAACAAGGAAUUAUAAUCUCUUAUAGUUUUCAACCACAAGUUAUUGUACAAUGGAGGUCUGUCGAUAAUCCAUCUGAUGUCAAUCCUGGUUCUACUGAAGGUUCUUAUCCUUUAAGAAAUUCUACAUUACAUUAUCUCGGAUUUUCUUGGAAUUAUUAG